GCUCACAGCGCCAUUUUGAGAAAAAGCGACAUGUUUUCAGGGUUAAAUGACUUCUUUUUAGUUUCUAACUAAUUUAUUAUUAACCAAACAAUUAAAACCUAACAAAUCAAGCAGUUCAUAACGUUGAAAUGGUAAAGGCAGUGGAGAACAAAGAAAUAGCAGUGAAUUUAGUUCGAGAAAUCGUUGUUUCUUUACAUAAUUGUUGUGCCAAAGAACCAUUCCUGUAUAAUAAUGAAUAGAAUCAAAACGACAGAAGACUAUGUUGCCGCUCAAAAUUUACUGGACUUCUUCAUGGAACUCAUUGAAGCCUCCAAGAAUCUCCUGAAGUACUACCUGUCUGAAGAUGUGGUGCUUGAUUGGUUCGGGCAAACUGUUAGGGGACAAAAAAACGUAGCUUCCUUCAUCAAAACCAAAAUCAACCCUAUAAAACAUAUUUUAUCUGGGGCCAAACCCGUGAAUAGGAUUGGAUUUAGGGAUACCCAUGUAGUUACUGUAUCGAGGCCUCUAAGGAGAACCUUACGUUCAGCCUUCCUAAGCCCACCCCGUAUUUCCCUCCCCAACACCCCCAAAAAACAACCAAAACCCUCCACGAGCACCAAUCGCGAUCCCCCACCCCCCUCCUCACGCCGAGGCAUCAACAAACUCAACUUCGACAACAACGAAAACAACAACAUCGACGCAGACACCAAAAAAACACCCUCAAACACAAACAACAACAACGCCAUCUCCCGCCCACUAGAAGACUCACCUCGAAAGCGUCGCAAGCUCUCGCCGAAAGAUGGCGAUACGGACGUGGUCGAAGAGGAACCGGAAUUAGAGGGACCGGAAGUGACUGUCAAAUAUUUGACGUGCGAGGGUCACGUGGAGUUUCACAGGCCGAGUUUGAAGAAGUUACAGGGUGAGACGAAGUGGCAGAGGCCGUGUAAGUUGCAUUUGGCUUACGAUUGUGGUAAAGAUGUGAAGGAUAGUACGUUUUAUUUGAUUAUAUACGAGGGGAACGUGAAAUGUCGGAGGAAUUUGAUGGCUGCGUUUGAGACUGACGAGCCGGAAAGUUAGUUUUUGGGUUUUGUUGUAAAAAAUAAGAACUUGAGUUCAGUUUGUUGGUAAGAGAUUUUGUUAUGAUGCAGAUAGAAGUUUUUAUUUUGCAUUGUGGAGAGAAUUGUUUGGUCUAAUGAGAAAAAUGCUUUAUUGAUUCUUUGUUAGGUGAGUUUUUACAAUAGCAGGUUUAUGGUGAUGUUGAAUUCAUGCGAUAUAAAGAAAGAAAAUAGAUUGUUAUUGGGGGGUAAAAAAAUAUAAAUCAAAUGUAUGAAUCAGAGAAAACUGCAAAGUAAGCUUUUAAAAAUUCAAGCUAGUAGUAUUUUUUAUUUAAAUAAAAUUUAUUUCAAACUCGAAUUUAUCACAGUUUUUCUUUAAAAUGUUAUUUAUUUUA